AUGGUGGGCUAUCAACUGUAUUCUGUCAACGUGUUCAGCGUGUUGACCACUCUGGCCGUGUUGUUCAGCAUCGUGUACGUGGCUCUGUUCAAGUGGAGGCGGCGUCGUUUGGAGAAGCUGGCCUCACAAUUGCCAGGCCCGCCUACCCUUCCUGUCAUUGGCAACGGCCUCGAGUUCUUGGGAGGUCCAGAAGAGGUGAUGGCCAAGAUACUCGCACUCUGUAGCAGGUACGAGUCGCCAUUCCGCAUCUGGAUAGGUCCCAUCCUGUUCAUUGUGGUCAGCCGUCCGGACGACCUCCAGGUCAGUACAAUCCUUGACUUUAACUAG